AUGAAGAACGACAACUUUGAAGAAGAGCCUCCAAGCUAUGAUCAUGCAUUUCAAUCAAGCAUGGACCCGGAUAGCGAAGUGUACCGUCUUGGAAAAUACCACGAUGCUUCAUUCGACUCGUUUGAACGAGGUGAAAUGUUUAUUCAAGCAUUCUCGACACAAAUAGACGCUUUUCCCAUCAUGCAAGCUCAAGAAGUUGGGCAGAGAGGAUUUUUGAAUACGAUUCACAUUGAUACCAACGUUCAGAACAAUCAGCUAUUUAAGCACAUCAAAUCCAACCCACAGAGCCUUGCUUACGUCGUGGAACAGGCAGAUACUGUUCGCUUUUGGCCUGCAAUUCACCCCAAUUGUGGGCCUUUGGAAGAUUUUGAUGCGACCGCGUUAGCAUCACACCCAUUUUUAAAGAUUUCCGAGUAUAAAGGUCAAAACCAGUAUGAGAAUCAAACCAUGGCACAACACUAUUUUGAAAUCACGGUACAGCAAGCAGGUCCAGAUGUUGUAAUGGCCAUUGGUCUUUGCACAAGGCCUUACCCUAUCUUUCGCAUGCCAGGUUGGAACAAAUAUUCUGUUGGUUACCAUAGCGAUGAUGGGCAUAAAUUUUGUGAUGAUGCUACUGGUGGUCAGCCAUUUGGUCCUAGUUGGACAGUAGGUGAUACUGUUGGAUGCCUGUAUGCUCCUGAAACUGGCAAUGUUACAUAUACUCUCAAUGGUAUUGUCGUUGGACAGGCUUUCUCAGGUUUAGUCCGCCAUCACUACUUCCCGAGCGUAGGUGCUGAUGGGCCUGCGCAGCUUCAGGUUAAUUUCGGAAGACAACCCUUUAAAUAUCCCAUCGACAACUGGGCAGGACAAUACAUUUGA